UCUUUGAGUUAAUUGUUAAGCGUGACUAUAGUGAUGUGCGAUAUUUAUCCGAAGAUUUGGCCAAAAUAUGGAUGAUUAUCGAUAAUUAUAUCGAAAUUUAGCAUUUGUUUCAAUGGCGAGCAAAAAUAGCGAUAAAUAUCAUUGAUAACGAUAAUAUCGCCCAUAUAAAUGUAUACCGAAGUGAGUUGGAAGUCUCUCGGCUCACUAACUUGGUGAUAUUUUCAACUCAACUCAACAACUCAAGUCGACUAAUUAGCUUACAUUGUUAGUUUUAGAUGUAUUUUUUACUUUAUAACUAAAUCUUAUUAUUAUAAAUUGAUAUUCAAUUCAUAGUUAUCACAGUUUUGUUUAACAAAUUCAAAAUUGUCAUGAAUGAAAAGAUUUUUGUUCAAUUUUUCAGGAGUGAGCUGUGAUCUUUUUUGGUAAAUGUCAAACCAACUAUUGAAAACACUUGAACUUGAGUUCGUAAUGCAAAGUCAGUUAUUUUAGUGAGGUUUUAAUUGACUCACUAAAGCCGGCUAAGUGUAAAAAUCGACUAAAACUAAAGCCGACUCACUCACUCACUAGGCUCACUAAACUCACGGUAACCAAACAACUUCGGUAUAAAAUCGCCUAUCUUUUCAACGUGUCACAUUUUUUUCUUAAAAUUCUUAUUACUUGAAUUUCUAAAUUAAUGUUUUGUUUCUUUUUAUUGCCUAUCUAAUUGUAUUAAAUUGUGAAUUAAUAACUCUGGAUUCGUUUGGUACUCUCUCAACUCUAAUCUGUAUCUGCUUGUGGAUUCUGCAAUUCUUAGUGAGCCACCAGUGAAGAACAUACCAUAACUGAGUUUGACAGUGAUCCAUAUAUCUCAGGUGCUCGUCAGUGUUAAAAACUGCUUUUGCUGAUAAUUGAUUCUUAUUAUACUGGUUACAUAAUAUUUUAAUUCUGAGGUUGAUAUGGAUGGUAAUAAUGAUUCAGACAAAAAAGUAUUUGAUAAUACUGCUCCUGUAAGAGUUAAAGUAGAUUUGAGUAAAAUAGAUCCAAGCAAAAUAGAUGAUUUUAGACCUCAGAUUAGAGCUCAAGAGGAAGAAAUGAAACGUCGAGAGCAACAAGAAAGACUUGCAGCUGAAGAAGAAGAAAUGAAACUUCGAGAGCAACGAGAAAGACUUGCAGCUGAAGAAGAAGAAAUGAAACUUCGAGAGCAACGAGAAAGACUUGCAGCUGAAGAAGAAGAAAUGAAACUUCGAGAGCAACGAGAAAGACUUGCAGCUGGACUAAUAAGAAUUUUGUGCAUAUUUCAAGGAGCUGCAGUUUGGCUCAAGAUAUUUGCAGCAGAAAGGAAGCUGAGAAGAACGACAUAGACGUGCAUAGGGGGACAGAGACUUGAAGAGGAAAGACGGGAGAAACCGGGUGCAGGGUCUGCCUGUAGAAUUAUUGCCUAACAAGAAUAAUGUUAUUGUUAGACAGUACAAACAAAGCUUGUUAAUUAUGAUUUUGUCGUGGUUAAAGAAAACAAAAUAACGCAAAUAAAACAUAAGUUAUGAAAUAAAUUAUCUA